AUGAUGAGAUAAGGACAAAGAGAAAACUUUGAUAACAUAAGUAAAGAAAAAAUAAAGCAAUAUAUAUUUGCUUUAACUGAAUAUAUUCAACAAACUAACUUCUUUGAUCCUUUUGAAUCUAUGUAAAGAAACGGAUAACUUUCUUUCAAAGAAAUUUAUGAAGCUUUAAAAAAUGGAUACCCUAUAUUUUAAUCAUAGGAAGAUAUUAAAUUAUUAGCAAAUGCAAAUAUGUCAGGAGCAAUAUCCAAAAACGAAUUAAAAUUAUAAUUUGGUGAUAUUGAAAAAUCUACAGAUAAGGAAAAUAAAAGCGCAAAUGAUGCAAGGUAAGCUAUAAAAUUAAGUUAAGAAAUAGAAGAUUAAAUUCGAAACAUAUUCAAGGAAGUAGAUAAAGAUGGAAGUGGAUAUGUUGACCUAAAUGAAUUUGAUGGACUUUUAAGAGCCGUAGGUAUUAAUGUAAGCUAAGAUGAAUAACUUAAUUAUUUUAAUAGAUUUGAUAAAAAUAAUGAUGGCUAAAUUUCUUUUUUGGAAUUUAAAAUUAUUUUAGAAGAAAAAAUUAAAUAAGAAAUUCUUACUGCAGAAGAUAUUAUUGAUGAUCUUAGAAAAGAAUUUUUCAAAGUUGAUUUGUAUAAAAAAAGAGUUAUUAAUUUUUAUUAAUUAGGAUAAGUUUUGAGUAAUCUUAAUGUAAACAUUUCUUAAAAUGAACUUGAAGAAAUUUUUAAAGCUAUUGAUAUAGAUUAAUCUGGGUUUAUUGAUAUAGAUGAAUUUCUUACUUUCCUUAUGAAAAAUAAUUGUUAAGUUUCUUCUUUAGCUUCAUCUGUGGCUUUAAAUGUAAGUCCUUAAUCAGAAGAAAUUAAUGUAGAAAUUAAGCUUGAUUAUGCAACUGGAAUUCCUCUUCCUAAAGAUGAUAUUCCUCCUGAAAGUAUUGUCUAUAGACAGAAUGUAAGCUCGAUGGGAUCCUAAUUAUGA